AUGGACGCUACCGGGCAGACCCUGGGCCGGCUGGCGCGGGACAUCGCGGUGACUCUGCAAGGCAAAGACAAGCCGUCAUAUACCCCCCACACCAUGACCGGCGAUUUCGUGGUCGUGGUCAAUGCCUCAAGGGUACGAACUACGGGGCGGAAGACCACCCAGAAAUACUACUACCGUCACUCUGGAUAUGUCGGCAACUUGAAGUCCAUUCGGCUUCGCGAGAUGCUGGAAGACAGACCUGAGCGGGUGAUCGAGUUGGCGGUUAAAGGGAUGUUGCCGCGCAACCACAUGGGGCGCCAGAUGCUGAAGCGCCUGAAGGUCUACGCCGGUUCUCAGCACCCCCAUGAAGCGCAGGCAGCCCAGGUUGUCGGAGGUGGCGUAAAUGCCCAGGCCGAAGCUGUGCGCCACGGAAUCACCCGGGCCCUGAUCGCCUUCGACCCCGCAAUGAAGCCUGCCCUACGACGCGCCGGGUUUGUUACCAGGGACGCCCGUAUCAAGGAGAGCAAGAAAUACGGAUUGAAGCGGGCCCGCCGGGCUCCGCAGUACACCAAGCGUUAA